AUACAUUUUGAUAUAUUUACAUAACAGAAUAUUCAAAUUAGUGUACCUGAUUUUGAGAACUUAUAUUUUGAUUCAUUUGGUUUAUAACAAUUUAAACUUGGUUGUUUAUUGUAAUAGUUUGUCUUGACUUCUUGAAAUGCUCUUCGAGAAGUAAGUUAAAUUAUCUUACCAUUUAUAACUGAGACGUUUUAAAUCAGAUUUUGCAUUUUACAAGAUGUAAUACGCUCAUUCAUUAUGACUCACCUCACCGAACAUUUAUCAAGGUAUCGAUACUACUUUACGUUAAAUGCCGGUUUUCUCCCUAUUGAGUAGCUGUCAAGAGAGGUGACAGUCAUAUGUUUUUGACAAGCAGAUUCAAUUUUCAUGGCAGGAUUCUUUCUCUGCUUAUUUUAUAUAUUAUUUCACUUUAUGAUAUUAAAAAGAAAUUAAACAAAUAUGUUAGUUAACGGUAACUUAACUUUAAGAUUUAAAGCAGCUGAAUUGCAUUACUUCAACUGGUUAUAUAGUGUGACGCCAUGUUUUGCCGUAAACGCGUCCAAAAUUAAUAUAAUUACUGAUCCGCGGAAGUUCUACGAAUCAUUAUAUGAAAGGUUUAAAACAGCUAACCGUCGGAUAUCGGUGGCUAGUUUAUAUAUCGGAACGGGGGCUCUGGAAAAGAAUUUGUUGAAAGUGACAAAGCAAAAUAUGAUGGGGAAUAAGUCGCUGAAACUUAGUGUUUUACUGGACUAUCAGCGAGGAACACGAGGUGAGGUAAACUCACGGAGCUUAUUACAAGAAUUCUUGACAGCUAUUCCAGAGCAGUGUAAUAUUUCUUUAUACCAAACACCUCGGCUUCAUGGCUCUUGGUCCAAAGCUCUGCCAGCCAGGUAUAAUGAGAUUGUGGGUCUACAACAUAUGAAACUGUAUAUUGCUGAUGACUCAGUACUGUUAAGCGGGGCCAACUUUUCUAACGAUUACUUUGAGAGAAGACAGGACCGGUAUAUUGAAAUCCAGGAUGCAGACUUGGCUGAUUUUUAUUGUGAACUUAUAGAUGAAGUGAGUAACUACAGCAAAAGAUGUGUAAAGGAUGGUGGUUAUGUUGAAAAUAAGCAUGCUUCAAGAGAAGCAGUGACUCAGGAAGUAAAUGAGAAGAUCAUUCAUUUCAUCCAGAGAUGGAAGGAUAAACAAGAUUCAAGCACUUUAUCUAGUGUUUCAGAUCCCAACAAGGAUACAUGGGUGUUUCCGCUAAUCCAAAUGGGUGAGUUUGAUAUCCGGCAAGAUGAAAGAGUGACACAAGGCUUGCUGGGCUCCACUCCGUCUGACUCGCUCAUCAGACUAGCCACUGGUUAUUUCAACUUGACUGGAGAGUAUGCUGACACUCUGCUGAAGGAUUGUAAAGCAAACAUUAGUUUGUUGAUGGCUCAUCCUAAUGCAAAUGGAUUCAUGGGAGCCGCGGGACCCGCAGGGGGAAUUCCUCACGCAUAUUCCCUAAUAGCGAGAAAAUUCUGGAACCGAGUGGAGGCGUCCAAUCAAACGAACAGGGUCCAAAUGUUGGAGUAUGAACGACCAGACUGGACAUUCCACGCAAAGGGUUUAUGGUACUACCCGCCCGGCAGCGGGGUGCCGUGGGGCACGCUGGUGGGCUCGGCGAACCUCGGCGAGCGCUCGGUUAAACGCGACCUCGAGGCGCAGGCUGCUAUUUUCACCGUCUCGUCGGAACUACAGGAAAAACUGCACAAUGAAGUCGCUCUCUUACAUGCACACGCGACGGAAUGCAGCCGCGAGCUACAGGAGCGCUCGGCGCCGCUGUGGGUGCGCGCCACUGUCGGCCUCUUUCGGACCUAUUUCUGAACUAAGGUUGCCAGGCAUUCUUUCACAGAGAACAACUACAAAACUUUAUACAGCUCACACUAGAUUCUUCUGAACUGAACACUUACUCUGCCACGAAACGCACGCUCAUUGGACAAGAUUUUAAGGGCAAAAUUAUGAAAUUUUACAUACAAUAAUAUUUAUUAGUGAACGCUUUAACACUCAGUGCCAGGCGCCUCAUUUCCAGUACAAAAUUAACACACCUAAAGUGUUGUUGGCAGUGAAUGUGUUAACAUUUAUAGACAAUUUGGCGCAACUUACCCUAAUUCAGAGCAAGAGCUCCGUCUAUAUCUCACGCGUCCUACAACUCACGGUAGAUGUCGCUGUAGUCUUUGUCGUCAUGGGCAUGGGAAAACGAUGUAGCGAAAAGUAACUAGGUACGAACAGAGAACCCGUCUAGCGGCCAGCUGGCAGUGAAUGUUAAAAGAACUAAACAAAAAUCGUGACUCACUUAUUUGGCCAAUUGAGGUAUGUUCAUAUUUUGCAUCUAUGGAAUGAUGUUAUUGGCCGAACAUCUAAGCUUAGUAAUUUUGUUUUAAGAUCCAUGAAAUGGACCAGGCAUACUUAUAUUACUCAUUCAACUCUUUUGACACGGGAUUUUUUCUUCUUGUUUUGGACCGCACUUGUUUGGGUUUUAGACUUCAAACUACACACACACAUAGGACCUAAGUAUCUAUGUAUCUUUCGCAGGGUUGCAUGGUGGGUCACGAAUGAAAUAUCCAAAAUUAGCUACUGAAAUUUGAACCUAUGGUGUAGGUAAUAGAGUUGAUUUACAUUUCAUCGUACUGAAUAAGUACUAUAGCUAAGUCCGUGACCCUUAGGAGGAUACGGCUGGAAUAGACAAAUAACGGUCGUCAAGAGUUUGAGAUAAAUUAUGUAGUUAUACUGAGAUGGUGUGCCCAGUGUAAUAGCUAUUAGGAAUCGAUUAAACUAAAAUGGGAAACGGGCGGCAUUAUUCGUGCAUUAGUAAAUAUGAAACCAAACGAUAGAAUUAUAAAUAGGUAUGUAGGUUAGCUCGAUCACAGUUAAUUUGAAAUAGAGGCGGAUUGUCAAAGAAAACUUUUUAGACACGGUUAUUUUACUGCCGUCUUUUGACACAUGAUUAAAACUUUUAGAACGCCAUUUGACUUUGAUCCUUAUUCUUUCACUUAUCCAAAAGUGGCGUCAUCUUACCGGGCAUUGGCUAAAGGUUGUGGCGCCACCGCUCGAAACGAUGCCGCCUUCCCUUGGGCCUUUCUAUUAGAUGGCGCCACUUUUUGAUAUUUAGCACAUAUCAGUGAAAUAAUAAGAAUCAAAGUGAAAUGACUUUCUAAAAGUUUUAAUAAUGUGUCAAAAGAUGGCAGUAAAUUUACUGUGGCUACAAAGUUUUCUUUGACAGUCCACCUCUAUUUCAAAUUCUCUUUGGCACGAUUUAACGGUAGAUCAUUCUAUAAUUGAAUUACGAGCAAAUCUCGUGUUUCUUUACACAAAUCUACUCGAUUGUCAGUAUGAGUCAUAUAAUAUAUUAGUUCAUAUUUUUAAUUGUUGUACAUUUUUCAGAAUGAGUCGUUUUUGUUACGUUUUAAGAUUGUUUUGAAAAGUAUUUUAGCUUUAAUAUGGUGGUAUUUGUUGAGAAAAUGAAUGACUUCGUUAUGAUAUAA